AUGUCCAAUGUACUAGUCGUUAUAGGCGCAACAGGCAACCAAGGCCGCGCCGUGCUCACAUACUUCCAACAAUACGAACCCUCCUACAAGCUCCGUGGCACAAGUCGCAACCCAUCAUCCGACGCCGCCAUCGCACUCGCCAAGUCCGGGAUCGAGAUCGUAAAAGCCGACCUCAACGACCUCGACUCGCUGAAACAUGCCUUCAAAGACGCCACCGUCAUCUUCGCCUAUACGGCCGGCAGCGAAAUCCUGCAAUCCUCCAACCUCAUCCCCAAAGUCAUGUCCGGCGAGCUGAAACCUCCCGUCGGUCAGUACGCCUACGAAAUUGAGGUCCAGCAGGGCAAGAAUGUCGCUGAUGCUGCUGCUACGAUUCCGACUCUGCAUCGUUUGGUCUGGAGCUCGCUUACUGAUGUCCGAGGUCGUAGUGGUGGGAAGUACGUGCAAGCUUAUCAUCUGGACAGCAAGUAUACUGUUUGGCAGUACAUGCGCGACUUGCCUGCGCUGAAGGACAAGGCUAGUGCGGUGUUGAUGGGUGGAUUCAUGGAUAAUCUGGCGAACACACCGCAGCAGUGGGGCAUAUCUAGGCAAACGAAUGGAGACUUCCUCGUCUCGCUGCCUUUGCAGAAAGACUGUCCUAUCCCGUGGGUCGAUGUGGAGCGCGAUACUGGUGCCUUUGUGCAUGCGCUGACGAAGGCAUCCCCUGGAACUCAUGUGCUGGGGGUGAGCGAGUGGCUUGGUACUGGGAAAUAUCUUGAGCUGUUGUUCGACCACCUUGGAGUCAAAGGACGAUUCGAGGACAUCUCCUUCGAAGCGGCUGUCCAGAAUGAUCCGCUGGGUUUGAAGCUGCAAUUCGCUGAGGGCUUCCGCUUUGCUGAGGAGUUUGGAUAUACUGGUGGUGAUCCUGAGGUGGUGUCGCCUGAUGAUGUGGGUGUUAUACGUCCUUCGCAUUGUGUUGAUGUGUGCUGA